GUUACGAUGGUGUGACACCCGCGGGUGUUGGGGCCUGACAACAGACAACCAAGCAUCCUGGGGUACAGCGGGUGUUGGGGUCUGACAACAGACAGCAGACAACAGACAACCAAGAAUCCUGGGGUACAGCGGGUGUUGGGGUCUGACAACAGACAGCAGACAACAGACAACCAAGAAUCCUGGGGUACAGCGGGUGAUGGGGUCUGACAGCAGACAACAGACAACAGACAACUAAGCAUCCUGGGGUACAGCGGGUGUUGGGGUCUGACAACAGACAGCAGACAACAGACAACCAAGCAUCCUGGGGUACAGCGGGUGUUGGGGUCUGACAACAGACAACAGACAACUAAGCAUCCUGGGGUACACUGGUGAGCAUCUGGCAGUGACCUUGUGACCUGCCCUCGCCAAGUGUCCAGGGCUCCAGGGGCUGAGUGUGUUGCCUGCUGCAUGGUUGUUCCUGCCCAACAGAUUUGGUGGAGGAUGAACUUGUUUCUCAAAAUCACGUGAUGCGCUGUAUUGUCAUUGCAGACGACAGGCAGCAACGUUGGCCGCACGCCUGACCUGCGUUGUCCCGCCGUCAGAUCCUGUAGCGAGGAUGAGGCUGUGGACUUCCGGAAGGGAAGCAGAUGCUUGAGUGACACUGGUCUCACAUCGGCGUGGGUCACGUCUGCUUCAGCGCCAAUUCAAACGGCCUGCAGCAGUCCUGAGGAAAUUCUGCAGCAGAAGUUGUACAUGCAGAGAUGUGUAGUUAUUGUUUCUGUAGCUGAAGUAGUCAAAGUUGUCACUAUGAAUACAAGUCGGACGAAGAUCGAGGUGAGAACUGUACAUAGUCAGGGACAACUGUGAACACUGGACAGUCGGGGACAAGCCCUCCCCACCCUUCCCACCCACACAGCGCGUUGUCAAGGUUACAUAAGACAUAGUAACGCCAGUCACAACAACAUCAGACUCAUUAGGUCGACGAGGGCGUCAAGUGUACAAUGAACACUGCUCACUCUUCCCGCUGCCUGCCUGUGACUCUGCGAGCACUCGACUGACAGGCACCGCCUCUGUUACCAUGGAGAUUGUUGUUUGUGUCGGAGAGACAAGCUUGUGAGAUGGUAGGUGGCACUAGAGCAGGGCCUGCCGUGUGACAGGAGCUGAUGUCCACAGAAGUGCAGCUGCAUGGUGACGAGGUGCAGCGAGGGAGAAGCUCGUCGUCACACUGUGACUUGUACCUUGUGUUGACGGCGGGACGGACGGACGGACGUACUGCAGCCUCGCAUCGUGUGGUCGUCAGGCAGCCAUGCCAGCACCUGGUGCACUGUGAUGUCCACGCUCUGGUCAACGGACGUCGUCAAGAUGGAGGCCGACAUGAUGCAAUUCUACAGACGAAUGCCAGAGCUGCUUGACAUGUCGACUGCCGCGCUCAUCUCAACGGUCCCCCUGUUACCCGACUACGACGCCGUGUACCCACCAGUUGUGCCCGCAGACAUCGGCAUGGAGGGUAUUCGGCGAGCUAUCAUCAGUGUGGAGGAACUGGACACCAUCUCACUCAACCCUCUACAGGAGGCCACCAUGGGCUACGAAGAUUACCUGCCCCUAAGUGGCGACAUCUGUCAGCUGACACUCAUGGGCCUGCAUGAACCCGAGUCCAGUCCUGAAGACCAGCGCGGUUACCUGGACAACAACACCGGGUGUGGUACCCACCGAGACUACAGCCCGGGCUCAACGGGCGACAACAGUUGUGAGCAGGAGUUGUCGGACUCCGCGGGUAGUGAAGAGUGCUUGCCCUCCUCCAUCAAAUGGGAGACAGUGGCGGAGUCCUACUCCUACGACACCCCCCUCCCUGAUGUCAGCAUCUUCAAGCGCGCCCCACCUCCCCCACAGGAUGACUUUCUAGGUCAAGGCCGCCGGCGACCGGAGGGUUGUCUGGUCAAGCGGGAGCUGCCGGACUCGGGGGACGAGUCCCUGGACACCAGCUUUGACAACUACUGUGACGUCACGUACUGUGGCAGCAAGGAGGAGGAGGGCAAGCAUCAGUGUUUCGAGUUCCAGCAUUGUACCUUCCACACAGACAGCCAUCGGCCCUACCGACCGGGGCUGCCCGACGACAACAACAACUACGCCAAGUCCACUCGCGCCACCUCCACCGACACAGUCACGCCACCUGGCGAGGGAGAGAAGUGUCAACGGAAAAAACCGGGCAGGAAGAAAGGACAGGUUUCGAAAGUCCUUCAUCUCUGGGAAUUCAUCCGUGACCUUUUGUGUGACCCCGAGCACUGCCCUCGCAUCAUCAGCUGGGAGAACGAGAGGGAGGGCGUAUUCCGGGUGGUGCACUCCACGGAGGUGGCGCGGCUAUGGGGCGAAAAGAAGAACAACAAGAAGACCAUGACCUACGAGAAACUCAGCCGCUCCCUGCGCUAUUCCAGACGAGAAGGCUACUUUGCCGCGCUACCCAAGGACAAAGGGUACCCCAAGAAACUGUGCUUCAAGUUUGGACCCAAGUCUCACGGGUGGCGAGACAGCCCCCGAUGAUGGGUGGCGGCCACUGCAGUGUUCUUCAUUCCACAGGUGCCUUCGUGCCAAAGGUUGGCAAGAGACGAUUGUCUACCUACAAGAGACACCUUUCUAUGUAACGACUGAAGUAGUCACGUGGCUGGCUUCUGUAAAUCUAUGAAAAGACAGUUGAGGAGCUACCCCCUGCCCACCCCUCUAUAAUGUGUAAAAAAACAUUAACAGACAAAUGUUUUGUAGUCAACACUGUGCUCAUACUGACACUACAUCGUGUAAACUGGUUUUUUUCGUGUUGGAGGAGAAAUGUUUGGGUGACCUUUGUGUACGAUGGUAAAAUGAGAAAAAACGGUAAUAUAUUUCCUCAGCUACAAUUAUGUCCAGAUGACCAGAAGAGAAAUAUCUUUUUGUAUGUUACAUAAUAAUGCAGUUCAUUUUGGGAUUUAGUCUCACAAUCAGUCUCUUAGUUGAAAGCUUGCCAUAUUCACGAUCGCCUAUGUUUUGUUGUUUAUAUUUUUAUCAUAAAAUUAUGGGCGACUGAGAAACCAAUCAACAGACAAACACUUUCCUAGAAGCGCCAUCUUGUAAAGAUGUCCAGUCAUCAGAUGGAGCUCGCUUACAGUCUGUGAGGAUGAGGACUGACUGUUGGUUGUCUCACACAUGUUGGUAUUGCCAUUGAUGAAACCAAUUUCUGAAUGCUCAAAUUGUAAACCUUGUCACAUUUCCCAUUUUGUCUUGAAAAAAAUUAUGAAAUAUGUUUUUCUUGUUAGAAUUCUCUGGCUGCCACUUGUGUAGCUUCAAGCACUUUCAGCUCUCAGACCCUGGCUGCCUCCUCCUACAGGAACUGUAGUGUCUGGCCUUGUAUACUACAUCUGUAACACCGAAGUACAUUUGUACGAUAGCUUAUUGCAUUUCCUUGCUUAGAUAUCUCCAUGGCUACCACGGUUACUGUCCGACAGCGGGCUGGAUGCGUUUUAUGAUGUACAGGUUGCAGUGGAGGAACUAUUAUUUGCUGAUGAUUCAAAGUUUCCUAUUCUUGACAUCUACAAGAGAGAUUUUCAGGAAUCUUAGUAGUUAUGCUACGAACAACAAAAAGAUUGAGUUUUUCUCAACUUCCACUUGAAACUUCUGAGACAUUUGCAAUGAUGUAAUAAUGAUGUAAUACCCGGUACAAUGGCGCCACAAGACCCACCUGUUACGGAGAUAGGUUUGUGUUGUUAAUGAGAGAUACUAACUCGUUAUUGGCUGAUUGAAACUCACUCAGCCCUCACCUUGCUGCUGAUUACUACAUCGAUGGGAUGGAUGAUGCAGUCAGCAAUGUUUAGAGAAUAUUGUCCCCACGUGUCCUUUCAUGACAAGGCAGCUACAACUCCAUGUCAGGCAAGACUAGAGCAGUUCUAGUGGUCAGAGUAUGAGUGUAACACUCAGUAACCACUGUAACCGAUAUGUAGUGUAAUGGAGGGGCCUACAGACCCAGUCACUACAAGGUCCACUGUUUACUUUUUCUACGGGUUUCCAUGAGGAGGAGUUCAAAUUGAAUUCGCGCCUUUUUUGUCCACAGUUCAUGCUGCUGUUCAUUGUUGUCCACAGUUCAUGCUGCUGUUCAUUGUUGUCCACAGUUCAUGCUGCUGUUCAUUGUUGUCCACAGUUCAUGCUGCUGUUCAUUGUUGUCCACAGUCAAUGGUGUUCAGACAGACCGCACUUGCUGUAGAAUUCUUGUUGGUGUUCGAAAGACAUGCACUGCACUAAAGUGCCCGGAUGUGCCGUCUAAGAAGUAACGUCACGUGAUCUCUGGAGGUCACGAGGUCGCCAGCUCGCUGAAGCCUCGUUCCAGUUUUGCUAUUGCGUAACCCGGCUUUUAUCUGCUUUGUAGAGAUCUUAUUGUUACUGUAUCUCCACGCCUCGCCGAGCUUGUGAGUUCUGAACACUGUCUUGCACACAAGUCUAUUGUUGUGAUUGUGUCAUAAUUUGUUUUGUUGUUGUUGUUGUUCUAACACAUCUUUCGAAAUAUUGGCUCGAAAAGAUGUUUCCACCAGCAUAAUCUCUCUUGUCUGCUGCUCGAGUUUUCUACGUCUGUCAGCUCUGCCAUCUGUCCCUCAUGUCAGUCUUCCUAUGACACUAGUGAUCUUUGACACUAAUGACACUCGAUGUCGAGGCCGAGAGCUGCUGAUGAGAGUUUUUCUGCGCUUGAAACAGAGCCCAGCGUGGUUCCUGGGUCGGGAUGACAACAACUGUAUUUCAGGGUCUGUAAACAUGUGCACAAUGGCUUCUCUCUCGUGGCCACCACCAACACUUGUACCCGACCAGUGCUUCGAGGCCGACAUCUUGGUGAAGAGAUUGGUCUCACGUGCAGUGUCAACAUAAACUGUUGUCAUCAAUCUAGCUAAAGAGGUUUUGAAGACCCAACAACAUUUUCAUCAUAUCCUCUUGACUAUCGUCAAGCUCUAAACUGUGACUUUUGAUGUGUCAAACGUGUCACGUGUUGCUGUGUCCAAAGCAUUCUCAAUGUCGGUUGGAGUGAUCUCUGUGAUGCUGCUGGCACCACCCGUUGGCUGGGCUGCUGGAAAGUAGCUCGAGAUGUUUCCAUGUCCCCACCCUAGCCUGACCUGCUGCUCCUGGGACCUCUUCUGUAGGACUGUACCCAUCAAAGCUUACAUCUGCUACACGGUGUGAAUGUGUUUCACCUGUCAAUGUGGGUGGGAGAGGGAUCCCCAGCCUUGUGGGUGGCACACGUGACUGUCGAGCAGGUGAGCGCUGGUACAAGGUGCUCCCCUGUCCACUCAGCAGUUGUCAAACACAAACAGGUUCUUGAUAAGGCAGGGAGGUACAGGAUGUGGAAGGAGUUAGUUGAGCUCCAUCUUCCACGUGCCCUGCCCUAGAGAGAGUGAGCCACUUUCCUUCCCUGCCACUGGUGCUUGGGUGCUACUGCACGUUUACCUUCUCUUGACCUUUGACCUCUCAGAAUCUCUGAAGGCUGCAGAACACGUCUGGUCCUGAUAUAGUCGACAGUUCCUUUAUUUUAUAGAGUUCCAACUGAACAAAAGUAAUGAAUAGUUUGCUCCUCAAGGUCGUUACCAAAUUAUUUUUUUUAUUCUUCCUGCAGACGGAUAGCCUUCUAAUCACUUUGGUACCCGCCUUACUAUGACUUUGUGGAUGCUAGGUUUUUAAAGUCUUGUUUUCUUGUUUUGAGAAGACUAGAAUGUCGAUGAUCUGGUUGUGCAUCAAGCCGCGGACAUCUGCUGAAUAUUUGCAGAGAUGGCGGAGUUGCUUGAGGUGAUGAGGUGAUGAGGUGAUGAGGAGGGGAAAGGAAGAUGUCUGCUGGGUGUCAGUCGCUUGUUUUUGUAAGCAAAUAAGCAAAUAAGCUUUACUGUGUCGCACUUUCUUCCUCUAAUUCCUUACUGCACGUGCCUCAAAUACCUACAGCCUUCUAAAGAAUUCUCUCCGUGUCGGUUAUUAAAUAUGUUUAUGUCUUGUUGUUAAAUAUUUCUUAAAGAGCUGUUAUUAAAUAAGAAUGAUUUUU